UUCUCUUCUGUUCCAGAGAAAUAAUUUUGAACUGUUGGUAUUCGGCUCAGCCAGCAGAAUAUUUUUUGAGCCAUCAAAACACGAGGAGGAUUAUGUACCGCUCCCGCGCUCGUCUCCAAUUUUGCAACGCAGGUCUGUGAAGGAUACUCUGACCCUGUUUUCUUUCAGCUCAACGAAUCUAAUCGGAAUCUGGGGAAUCCGGUGAACACUUCAUUCUGUAAAGUGGGUCUGACGUGACUAGCAAUCCCUUCUCCUGCUCCGGCCCCAAGCCAGUAGAGAAGCAUAUUUUGUAAAUAGACAAUGAGCGGAGCGAGACUCUGCAGUCUGUUGGGCGAGUUGGGGUACGAAGGGCACGAGGCAUUGGAUCCAGACAGCUUCGAAUGGCCAUUCCAGUACGAAGAGGCUCGACCGCUCCUUGAGUGGAUCUGCUCUAAUCUCCGCUCCACCAAUGUUCUCUCCCCCGCUGAGCUCUCCCAGUAUGAACAGUUUCUAGAAGAAGGAAAGCUGUUAGAGGGGGAGGACUUGGACUUUGCUUAUGGUAGCAUUUCAGCCUUCUCAAGCAGGAGAGACAACCAAGAGGCUGUUUUUGGAGCUGAAGAAGGACUGAAAGAUAUCCGGGAUGCUACGUUGGCUUACAAGGCAGAAGCACUGGAAUUGCAGAAACAGCUUAGCUAUUUACAGACCCAAUUUGAUUUGCUCACGGGCCAAGCUUCAGCUUUGAUUCAAGGAAGAAGGGCAAGGGUAGCAGCAACAUCAACAGUUAAUGGACAACUUACUGCAUUAGAUGAUAGGCUUUCAGCUAGAAAUUUAGAGAUGAAUGCAGUUCUUGGAAGAAUUGCUUCUACUGCACAGGAGUUGGCUCACUGUCAUUCCGGUGAUGAGGAUGGAAUUUACCUGGCUUACUCUGACUUCCGUUCAUACUUGAAUGGAGAUUCUGCUUGUACAAAGGAGCUAAAGCAAUGGUUUGUGAAGCAGUUUGAAAUGGGUCCUUUUCGAUUGGUUGCUGAGGAGGGUAAAGCUAAAUGCUCAUGGGUGAGCCUUGAUGACAUCUCAAAUUGUUUAGUACGAGCAGCAGAUUCAGAGAAAUCUCACCAUCAACGUGUAGCUGAGUUGCAAAGGCUUCGCUCUAUAUUUGGAACAAGUGAAAGGCAGUGGGUAGAAGCCCAAGUUGAGAAUGCAAAGCAGCAGGCUAUUCUUGUGGCACUUAAAUCUCAAAUAACAUUGGAUGAAGCUCACAUUCAUCUCGAUCUUCAUUCUCUCCGGAGAAAGCAUUCUGAAUUAAUGGCAGAGCUUUCAAAUCUAUACCGUAAAGAGGAGAAGUUGUUAUCUGAGACCAUUCCAGAUCUGUGUUGGGAGCUUGCUCAACUUCAAGACACCUACAUAUUGCAAGGUGAUUAUGAUUUAAAAGUUAUGCGCCAAGAAUCCUAUAUUGGCCGGCAAAAGGCGUUCAUAGAUCAUCUAAUUAAUCAGCUAGCUAGGCAUCAGUUCCUGAAAAUUGCUUGCCAACUGGAGCAGAAAACCAUGCUUGGAGCAUAUUCAUUGCUUAAAGUCAUUGAAUCAGAGCUGCAAGGCUACCUCUCAUCAACUAAUGGCAGAGUGGGCCGUUGCCUAUCACUAAUUCAAGCUGCUUCUGAGGUUCAUGAACAAGGAGCCGUGGAUGAUCGGGAUACUUUUCUUCAUGGUGUUAGAGAUCUUUUGUGCAUCCAUUCAAAUGCUCAAGGUGGGUUACCAACAUAUGUAUCAGCACCAGGCAUUGUGCAGCAGAUAACAGCACUUCAUUCAGAAUUAAUGAUCCUGCAGUCAGACCUUGAAAAUUCUCUUCCAGAGGAUAGAAAUAGAUGCAUCAAUGAACUGUGUACCCUUAUUCAAAGUUUGCAGCAACUAUUGUUUGCAUCUUCAACAACUGCAGAACCAAUAUUACAACCUUGGCCGUUAACCAAAGAAUUUGGAGAAAUGGAUAAGCUUAACACACAACUAUUUCCUGCCAUUGAACAAGUGACGCGUGAACAGUGUGAGAAGGCUGAGAUUGUAAAGCAUCAUCCUCAUGAGGUGGGUCGUGAGAGGCAAGUUUUUGUUGACUUCUUCUGCAACCCAGAGCGCCUAAGAAACCAAGUUAGAGAACUUACAGCUAGAGUAAAGGCUCUUCAGGUUUAGAAACCUCUGUUACACUUGAUGCAAUACUGUGGCCAAGUUUUCUGCCAACUGGAAGCCAGCAUGAUAAAAAUUAAGUCAUGUUCAAUUCUCUAUUCCUGUCAGUGAGAACCCGAUUCUUUCUCCUUCUGUUCAACCAUCUCGUUGGGGGGAGAUUGGUCUAACCUUGUAAAUUAGUAAAGCAACUGAAUGUUUUUUACCGUACUUUGAUGAUAAAUCCUGUCUGACCAACCUCGUUCUGAUAUAGUUGUAUAGUUACUUCAUCUGUUUGCUCAUUGUAAUUAUGAACUUGAGGUAGGUUUGACCUGAUUGAGGUGAGACAAGGUUGGGGUGUUAUGGGUGUAUUUCACCAGCCUUGUAAAAUCAAAUGGCUAAAUUUGGCAGUUCCAUGGACAACCAAUCAACUUGAUUUAUAAACUAGCUUGACUGAAAUAUAGUGAAAUUUUGAGCAUGCAACUAUUGGGCAACUA